AUGAAAUUACAGGCAAAAAAAUUAAGACAAGUCCAAGAGACAGCAAAAAACAAAACGGUUAAAGUUAUUGAAGGUUUUCAAUUUCGUCCCGUUUCACUUCAUCACUUUUCACAGCAACAUUGUUUGCGACGAUUGCAACAUGUCAUGAAGCGAACACACACGCAAAAAGUUAUAAAUCUUCAUUUUCCAAUCGACUUGAGUUGUGUUGAGAAAGACCACCCGUUUCUCGAGAAGGAUCAGUUACAAGCGCUCUACAGACGACUCGUGGUUCUCAAUCGAUCUGCCGCAAUGCGUCUUGACGGACAAUACAACCGGAAUGUUAAUAAGAUUAUAAAUAGAAAGCUUUUGCCCAAUCAUUCAUUGUUGCACCUCAGUGAGAUUACUUACCACACCUGUGACUUUAUGAACAUAAGAAAUGAUUGUAAUUUCUUACGAUCUGACUUUAAAAGCAAAUUAAAGACGAGGGAGAAAAAUGAGAUUACUGUUUGUAGUCGAAUGUCGAUGGAAAAACUGCAAGAAAUGAAAUUAAUCAAUUAG